AUUCCCUUCGUUUGUACAUGUACUUUCACUUCGGCUGCAUACCCACACUCCUUUGAAAUUUAUUAUAGUAAUAUAAUCAUUGGCCACGAUGAAGUUACAUUCCCUCCUUCCCCUGGCCGCCCUCCUCACCCCGUCCUUGGCCUUAUUCGGCAUCAAUGAUUUCGACUGCGAACUGACCGAGGAGCACCCGAACCCGGUCGUCCUGCUCCACGGUCUCGGCGCCACGUACUACGAAGAUCUCAAUUUCCUACAAUACUGGCUUCAAUCCCAAGGCUAUUGCACCUACGCGCAAACCUACGGCGCCUACGAAGGCUUCCCUCUACUCGGCGGCCUGCGCUCCAUCAGCGAAUCCUCCGGCGAAAUCGCCAAAUACAUCCGUGACGUCGCCGACAAAACAGGCGCCAAGAAAGUCAAUCUCGUGGGCCAUUCCGAGGGCGCAUUCCAAUCGCUCUACGUCCCGAAAUUCCAGGGGGUCUCGGGUCUCCUCGAUAAGAUUGUGGCGAUCGCGCCCCCGACGCAAGGGACGAAUUUCGGCGGGUUGUAUAAUCUCGCUUAUCUUUUCGGAAAUGUUUCCCGGGAGGUUGUUGGGGAGGUGUUGAGUACGUUUGGUUGUCCGGCGUGUGAUGAGCUGGGUCCCGACGGGGCUGCCGUGCAGCGGUUGAAUGAUGGUCAGCCCAUCUUGCAGUCGGGAAAUAACCUGACUGUGAUUGUCUCGAAGUACGAUGAGAUGGUUACGCCGCAUUCGACGUCGUGGGUGGAAGGCGCCAAUAAUAUUUACGUGCAGGACUCCUGUCCCCUCGACCCUGUGGGACAUAUUGGGGAGGCGUAUGAUUUGAAUGUCUGGAACCUGGUUAAGAAUGCUCUCGAUGGCACGCCCGACAGGGAUUUCUUCUGUGUGAUUGGGUCGCCAGGAAAGAUCUGAUUGUGGUCAAAAAAAAGGAGCAGGAGAGCAAUGUUCUCUGGAGAGGUAUCAAAAAGUAUAUAUAGUCCCAUAUGUACACAAAUUAAUGUAUAGUCAUCAGCAUCAACAUCGCACCUGUCGCGGAAUAAGCAUUAUCGGGUGCAGGUCUUUUCGUCCACCAGGGUUUCGUCGGAGGAUCGUGAAUCGUUGCUUUGGUUAUCUUGGACCAGAUUG